CUCGAGAGCUAUUCAUGUAGACGGCACGGCUUCACAGCGACAGCAUCUCAACUCAUUAUUCGGAAAUUACGUGUGAGUGUCGUAUCUCUGCUGCGGGUGAAGUUUUCGUCUUAGGACAUUAAAUAUGAGCUCAAAAGUUAGCAGAGAUACUUUAUAUGAGUGUGUGAAUAAUCUUCUGGAACAUUCACAAAAGAAACCCAGGAAUUUUGUAGAAACUGUUGAAUUGCAGAUUGCGUUGAAGAAUUAUGACCCACAGAAAGACAAGCGUUUCUCUGGAACAGUCAAGCUGAAAAAUGUUCCUCGUCCAAAGUUCACAGUUUGUAUGUUGGGUGAUCAGCAGCAUUGUGAUGAAGCAAAGGCAAAUGAUGUUGCAUUUAUGGAUGCUGAAGCUUUAAAAAAGCUGAAUAAGAACAAGAAGCUUAUAAAGAAAUUAGCCAAAAAGUAUGAUGCCUUUCUUGCAUCUGAACCUCUGAUAAAGAUGAUUCCAAGAUUGCUAGGACCCGGUCUGAACAAGGCUGGAAAAUUUCCGACUCUCCUUACCCAUAAUGAAUCUAUGAUGGCAAAGAUUGAAGAAGUGAAAGCUACUAUCAAGUUUCAAAUGAAAAAGGUUUUGUGCUUAGCCGUUGCUGUUGGACAUGUUAAAAUGACGCCUGAUGAAUUGGCUCAAAAUCUCAAUUUAGCCAUCAACUUUUUAGUUUCACUUCUGAAGAAGAAUUGGCAAAAUAUUAGGUCUUUGCACAUAAAGAGCACAAUGGGACCAUCAUUACGGCUGUAUUAAAUUCAGUGAUGAAUAAAUUUCAGACUUGCUGAUAAAA